AUGAGUACCGAGAAAACAGAUAUGGGAGGAAAUACGCUCGCUUCAUUAAAGUUACAACGCACAACAAUGAAAAGAAAUAUAUCACAACUGAAAGGGAAAACAGACAGAGAUGGUGACUCAUCCCAUUAUACAAUUUUGGAAUGUCGACUACAGAUUUUAGAAUCUUACUUCAAACAAAUAAGCCACAUUCAAACACAAAUAGAGAAGUUGGAUGAUUCUGAUAUGGCUCGAUCAGAUUUAGAAGAGCUGUUUAUUUAUGCCAAGGCACCAUUGGUAAGUCUUAUGAAUCAAAAACGUAGUUCUGGUGAUAUUGAACAAAGCUUUUUAAAUUCGUCUCAAUCAUUUGUAUCUCAUCAAAAUCGUUUGCCCCAAUUAAAAUUACCUAAAUUUGACGGAAAAUAUUCGGAGUUUUCUCGAUUUAUAAGCACAUUCAAAACGUUAGUGCAUAAUGAAUCACAUAUUCCAAUCAUUGAUAAAUUCAAUUAUUUGCUUAAUUGUUUAUCUGGUCAAGCACUAGCAGUAAUAGAACCAUUUCAAGUUGUCGAGUCAAAUUACCAAAAGGCUUUAGAUCAUUUAAUUGAACGAUAUGACAACAAAUCGUUAAUGUUUAUCGACAAUAUUAAUUCAUUGUUUUCGAUUUCACCUAUGCAUAAACCAAAUGCUUCAAUGUUGCGUUCAAUUCUUGAUAACGUUUCGGCUCUUCGUAGUUCGUUGCUUUCACUCGGUUCAGAAGUCGAUGUGAUGAACGCUAUAAUAAUUCAUAUAGUUUUGUCGAAAAUUGAUGCAGACUCAAAAAAGAAUUAUGAUGAAAAACAAGAUUUUAAUUCUUUGCCAUCAUGGGAUCAGUGCUAUUCAAUUUUAAGUCAUCGUUGCCAGUUUCUGGAAAGUCGUACUGCAGAAAUGGACUCUUUUCAACCUCGUGAUAACAAAUCUAAACCAAAUCCCAAGCGACCUGGAUUAUCAUUCAUGGUUUCAUCAACAAUUUGCGAAUAUUGCAAAAACAAAGAACACUUAACUGGAAGUUGUUCUACGUACUUGUCGUUGCCCAUAUCUCGUCGUUUCGAUUUCGUUAAAAGUUCCAAGUUGUGUAUAAACUGCCUUAGAAAAGGCCAUGUAGUUUCUCAAUGUCUAUCGAAAUCUCGCUGUCGCACUUGCAGGGUAUCGCAUCAUACCACUUUACACAAACCAAACUUCCAAACAAAAACUGAUUCAAAUAAUACUUCUUGUUCAUCGGACUCAAGUCAUUUGCCUUCGACUCAAAAUAAUGCUUCGUUUAAUUAA